GGUUAGUAAGCUUAAAUUCGCGCACUAACGUACUACGUCAUACAAAUAUGGCAUAUUUAUCGGGCAUUCCCUAAAUUUGACUUAUCAUUUAUCCAUGCGGUAUCACCUAAGGCUAAAUGGCUUAUCACGAGUUUUCGCAACUGUUGGUAAUUCCACCCAAUAGCACGUCACGCUCCACGCGUCCUUGGCGACGAAACUAUUAUAUCAAAAUGGCGGAAGUGUCGCGAAUGUUACCCCAGACACAAAUGACAGCAUCUUAUUUCCCAGCUAUUCCUCCUAAGGCUCCAAAAACAUCCAUAUCAUAUUCUCUGGCUCUGAAUGAGGCACCGUAUAAAUCUUUAAUAGGAAUUCUCCCAGAACAAAGGAUUCCAGACAAACUCUCCAUUGAAACGAAAUACCGGAUAAGAAACCAGACAGGACUGACCAACAGAUGGCGCCACCCGGACUGUCUGUACAGUGAUCUUCUAGGCAAUUCUCAAGCUCUCAAGUCCAUAUCAAUGCCGUACAACACCAAUCUCAUCAAGAUCAUCACUGCGGAGUCGCCCAGAUUGUCAGCAAACUUGGAUUCAUCAAAACCGUAUCAAUACCGUGAAAGUCAGGACCGGAGAGAUCAUGACUCUUUAACUGGCAAAACUCUCUUCUCGUCUCCAGAACCAUCCUUCUCUAGAUCAAAGAGUAUGCCAGUUGCUGGGCCAGUAGGAACAUUCAUUCCACAAUCAGCUAAACUGCCAAAACCAAAAGAAGUGUUUCUGUAUCAUUCCAACAGAAAACUGCACGUUGAUAACCCAGAUAGCAUGUCGGGAGAUGUCUUGCUCCACUGUUUGAAGAUGGACUGGGAACUGCAUGGCCCGUAUAUCCAGAAAUCAGAAACACUGGCCAAGCUGUUGAAGGCCGCUAACGACCCAAACCCCCACACAUCGUACCGUAAUCAAGAGUGCGAGACGAUCGACAGCUUCAUAAACCAAAGCAGUUUCUACAGCGACGAGUACAGAGAACUGAGUAACAAGUUCACCAAGGAGUUAAAGAUCCCAGCCAAGGAGAACAAGAUCAGGAAGCCCAACAAUUCGGUGUGUGUCACCGUUAAAGGCAGAUCCAUGACGAAGAUUAAACUGCAAAUUGAUGAUCCACUUGUUACGCAAACCGCAAUGGCUGUUGCCCUUGGAAACCUGUAUCAUGAUGAAAUUGAAGGAGAUAUAAAUAAUAUCGAAGGUAUCUUGGCAGCGGCGUCCAUCCUGCAAUUCAAGCCUCUGGUGGAAUGGUGUGUUAAAAAUAUGCUAUUAUCCAUCAGUACGAGCACUGUAUGCAAAUACCAUCUGGCCGCCUCUAAGUACAAACAAGAAGGCAUUGUUGCAGCAUGUGAAAGGUGGCUGGAACUAAACCUUAUACCACAGCUUGCCAAUCAGAUCCAGCUCAGGGAACUGCCGAUUGAUAUUCUGCAGAAAAUCAUUAAAUCCAGCAAGUUAUUUGUCUACAAUGAGUACAGUGUGUAUAAGACUUUGGCACUGUGGAUAUUCCUUCAGCUGAAUCCAAAAAUGCAGUUGAUGCCUUCCCACAGUUCUUUGCUGGCAUUCUUCAACAGUCUUUCCAAGACCUCUGCACUUGUGGAAAUAGAUGAGGGACAGAUAUUUCUACCACUCUUUGCGGCAGUCCGAUUUCAUGGAAUUCUUGAAACCAAUCAUAUCCAAGACUUGAAGGUGAUGAACAUUCUGCCUCACGGCGUGCUAGUGGACGUGUUGACACACCAUUACCAUUCUCUGCAGGGAGGAGGAGACAUGAUUUCUGUGAGACCCUGUUUCAGCACCUCGGCCAUCAGACAGGGAUUCAUCAUUAAUGAUGAGCCACAUUACCACUCUGAGGUUCUAUCUCUGCACGGAUUCCACUUUGAACUGAAGGCCAUCAAGGAACCCGACGGCAGAUAUAUAUUCUACAUGCAGCGACUGGAUCCCAAAGAUCCGGUGCUAACGUUCAAGCAGUGUGAACGUCAAACGUUCUCGAUGCGCCGAGAGCGAAUCGCACGUUACUCCAUCACUGUGCAGUACUGUGAUAACGACGAAGACCACUUUUACACAACAGGCAUCCUCAAGAAGGAGUUUAGCAUUCAGGAAUGGUCGAGCAAGAGUAAGGUUUUAGAGCUAAGAAAUGUGAAGAAACCCACCUACGUAUCGUUCGCUGUGCUUUUUCCACCUUCGUAGAUGGAACGAACAACAUGCUUGCUGUCAAAACCAGCUCACACAUUGAUCCUUAUCUUCCCUACGUGAAUGACAUUUAUAUAUAUUUAUUUUAAGAAUUUUUUAUCACUUGAAUUAUAUACAAGUGGACAUUCCAAAGAGACUAUAGAUUUAAAAGUGAUUAUAUAUAGACUAUGAAGAACACUGAACUUGUUUGGUGACAGUGUGACUUUGUUGAAAAUUAAGAUAUUUUACAUCAGUUAUACACCUUUGCAAACAUUUAGCAUCACCCAUGCUGUACUUCAGGGGCCUGAUUGACAAAGGUCUCUUAGGCUCUGCUAGACAAUAAAGCAUCGUCUCUGCAAGUCUUCUUGCAUUCCACUGCAAUAUCGUAAAGUUGUGAGAGUUUAGAGAAUUAGGUCCCUGGCUUACAAAACAGUUGUGAGAACUUUUGUUUCACUCACGCAAAUCUCAAUUUGGUGGAACCCAUUUUUUUGGUUUUCGUAUUAAAUUUAGAACAUCAUUUACAUGGUCCUGACGGGUUUCAUAAAAUCAAAAUGGGUCACUGAAAUUUGUUUUUGCAUAACCCAUUUCUCAGAGGGCUGAUUGAUUUGUAGAAUAUUUUUACUUUAAUCAAUGUGUAAUAUGGGUAACAGUGAUAAAGAUCUAUAUUUGAAGAGUUUCAUCGCAAAACGCGAUAAACGCCAUAUUAAAAACCAUUGUGCGAACACCACGUAGACAAACACAAGUUCAAAUUCAGUUUUCAGCAAAACGCGAUACGAUUGUCUGAGGAUAUAUGGCAGAUUGCAGAGAAACUGGCAUAGUGUUUAUGGUGGUUUGGAAUAAAACGUCUUUAGGAUUGGGUGUGUAUAGUGGCGUUUGUUAUGUUUUGCAAUGAAACUCUUCAUUUGGUCAGUACCAUGAAAUGCAGAGUUAUAUCUGUUCAUUCUAUCAGUGAUGACUGUGAGACAUUUCUAGACGAUUGACCAGAUGUCUGACUUAGAUUCGUAAUAAUUAAUAUAAUUAUAAUGCUCCAUACCAAUAUAUUAUACCGAGAGACGUAAACAUUGCAAUGGGUAUUUCGCUGAAUCAUUUCUUAUUGAAAUAUCAUAUUGGUUAUAUUAAUUAAGCAUGCAGACAAAUGACAUAUUGGUAAAUUGUAACUGAAAGAGCAUAUAUUGUUCUAAUCGGGAGUUGGUGUGUGUGUGUGGGGGGGGGGGGGGGGGGGGGGUGUAGGGUUAUGGGGUGGAAAUGGAAUAAAAUGUGUUGGAAACCAUGUAUACACAUAGUUAUAUGGAAAUGCUUUUGUACCUGUGUUACCUGCAAUGUUUUUCUUUCUAUCUUUCUUCAUAAUUAAGCCACAAAAAGUAACAUGGAGACAUUUCCAAGUUAUUUAUGCCUCUCCGUAUAUAAAGUUACAGAAACCUAUAUUAGUCACUAUUCAUUUCUAUUCAAUUUUCAUUAUUUGGCUGAUGCUUGACAUUUGCAGUGGUGUAUGAUUGUAUGUUGGCCAUUAUAUGUGGUAUCAGUAUUACAUCAUCGUUUUUUUGUUGUAAUGUGUCAUAUAGUAUAAUAUAUCUGUUUACCUUCUAUUUUUUUCACAUCAUUACCAUCACAAACUAUUGCUGGAAAAUCAAAAUUGUCUUUCAUGUAAACUCAUCUGUGAUUCAAUUAUCUGAUACAGUAUUACUCAUAGAUAUGAUUUUUAAAUUAUUAUAUCCACAUGUGUGCACAACAUUUGUCCCACUCGUGGUUUUGAAAUAAUUGCUUUGUAAACUCUCGCAGGGUUCCCACUGGGUUUUUUAAUAACUGACAUACAUGCCGUCAUAGUAAAGCAAAAAGGCUUGUCCAAAUCAAUUUUGACGGAUAAAGCUUUUCAAUUUUCAUUAUUAAAAUAGUUAAAAUAUACUGGCGAUUAAAAAAAAGUACAUUUUAAUAUCGAUCGAUCAGUUUUUUUAAAUACUAAGAACAACACAAAACACAUGUUGGUGCAAGAGUUGUAUUUUAAAAGUAUAAUCAUUGGCAAGGCAUGAACACUAGUAUAAACAAUAAUUACCAUCAGAUAUGAACACCACAGUUUGCAAACAGCACUAGAGGUAAAAGGUGCGAUGUCACAUUAAAAUGUUUUGGUAUUCUUUUGUUUUUUGAUUGUCAGAAUAUUUGCUUGAAUAUGUCCAUAUUUUACAUGAGUAUCUUAUAUCGGACUCCGACGUCAUAUAACCGUAAAUAAAAUGUGUUGAGUGCGUCGUUAAAUAAAACAUUUCCUUUCUAUAUUGGUCACCUGACUCCUACACCAUAAUAUUGAUGUGACGCAUCACUGACGAAGCUUAUGCAUACAGUACUAUAGCGGGAACUCCGCUGCUAAUUUUUCUUGUUUUAAUUUAUGGACAUUUUCAGGAAUACUUUGCACCAUCACUGUUUUAUUAUUGAUUCAUGAGUACAUACAUUCAAAUUAUUACAACAGCUUGGCCUUGAAUAUUAGGAGAUUUUUUAACUUUUUCAAUUCUAGAAAUUGCAGACUAUCAAUUUUUUUUUAAUAUAGUUUGGCAUUUUAGUGUUCAUUUAAUAAAGAAUUUCAGUGAAUCCAAUCAUCUGAUAAAUGUGUUCAUAAAAUGAAUGCAAUCGUUUGACUAUAAAGUUUAACUGCCUUGAAGACGUGUGAAAUGUUGAUACCAUAGUGUGAGUUACCUACAUGUAUAUUAAAUGUAAAAAAAUUUAAAAUGACCAAAUGAAUGAAAACACAAUGUUUAUUGAUUGUCGUUAAUAGACUUUCAUUUGUUUUUUCAAGAAUGUAAGAAAAGUCGGAUUCUGUGUCAUAUUAUAAAAAAAAAAAGUUACCUUUAAAUUAAAACAAAAAAGUAUUGGCUUAAUUACUGUUAAUGUUUUUUUUGUGGGUUUUUUUUUUUUUCAAAUAAUAUUAUUUUAAAAGAUAAUAAGUUUUAGGGUUUAAAUACUUUUUUCUUUCUUAAAUGGUUUGGGUUUGAUGACCAGUCAGCUUAAUUACUGUUAAUGUUUUUUUUAAAAUUCCAAAUAAUGAUAUUAUUAUUUUAAGUUUUAGGGUUUAAAUACUUUUUUCUUUCUUAAAUAUAUACUUAAACAAAAGGGUUUUUUCUAAUGGCUUGGGUUUGAUGACCAGUGACGGGUUUUUUUUUCCCCCAAAGUAUGUGAUUUUUUCCCUCUUUCUUUUAUGACUAUGGAAACAUUUAGAGACCUGUAAAGAGUCUUGAUAUUUGCUAGGUUUUACUGUAACACCAUUCACAGUGAUAAAGACCUAUUAAUAACUUUCUCUCAUAUGCUUUACCUGACUAGAAAACGAUAUGUAAUUUAAUAUUUUAAAUACCUUUAUGAAUUAAGGGAAACAAAGAGGCUCUGUGAUAAGUCUUUAAGUCGACAUGAAGCAUGGACAUUAACUUGGUUUCACUUUGAUGUAUGGUGAUAUUUGCUUAACACUACUUAAUUACUUAAUUAAUUAUGAUGGUGGAAGUCUUAUCGGUACUUUAAUAUUAUAUUCAGGAAUUACAUAAUAUGCCAGAAUGUGUGAUGGGGGUUUCCAAUUAUUUAUUUUAGCAUUUUUUGCAUACUAUCAGAUGCUAGGUAAAAGGAAAAUAAGCUAAAAAAAAUUGGGACAUAUUUUUUUUUUUUUUUAUAGCACAUCAGUUGUGGAGCACAGAAUGACCAGUACAUUCAUUGUAUUUUGAUAAAUAUUUUAUUUAUACAUCUUCAAGCUGAGCAAUGAUAUCAAAAUGAUAACUGUGAUGAUGUAAUUAACCAUGUUUGCUGUGAUACAAGUAUUUGUAGACAUAUAUCUAUACAUAUUUUGUUUCUCUUAGUGCCAAAAUUUUGUAUAUACUAUUUUACACUCUUUUUCGGAUUUAAAAAAACCAACAUAUAUAUUUAUACAGUGUGUUAAGUUAAAAGUUUCAGCUGUCUUAAUGUCAUUAUUUUAGAAUAAAACAGUAUUAGUGUACUCAUAAUUUAUUUUGAAUGUUGCUUUAAAUGAGACUAAUGUUUCUUUUUUCAUUACUUACAGAGUUGUUCAGAAACUGAACUGCUCAAAUUGUAAGCCAGUCGUAUAUUUAUUAUUCCUCUGAACCGUUUUGCUGUUUUUACAAACAAUAAUAAAGAUGUUUUGUUCACAUUCA